AGCUGAUGACUGAGUGAAUCCCACUGCUGCCGUUAUCAGUCACCGUCCGCAAAAACAUGACCGUGGCAUUUCUGGCGUCUGUGGCCGCGCUUGUUAUCGCCGUGAGCGGCUCUUAUUCCUCCAGCAGCGUCCCGUCCUCCUCCAUCCCGCCGGUGACCGCCUGCAGCCGCGGCCGGGACGGCUCCUACCGGGGAGCCGUGGACCGCACGGAGUCCGGCGUCCGCUGCAUGAAGUGGAGCGAGGUGCCCGGGUUCAGGGAGCGCUACCCGGGCAGGGGACUGGGGGAGCACAACCACUGCCGCAACCCCGACGGCAGGAUCAGACCCUGGUGCUUCUUCAGGAGCCACAAAGGCAGGGCGGACUGGGGAUACUGCGACUGUAAACAAGGCUCGGUGCGUUUGCAAGGAGGCCGCUCCAAGUUAGACGGCAGGGUGGAAGUGUACCUGGGAGGAGUCUGGGGCUCUGUUUGCAGCAAUGGCUGGGGGGAUAAGGACGCAGCGGUGGUUUGCAGACAGCUGGGAACGGGAAUCUCAGGCCAUGCUCGUGCAGUCUCACUGUUUCGCCCAGACACGGCCAAAGUCCAUUGGAUGGCGGUUCACUGCCAGGGAGAAGAGCCUGAGCUGCUUCAGUGUCCCAAAUCUACCUGGAAUGGAGAGGAUUGCUCUCUGGCUGCAGCCGUCACGUGCACCCAGCAGCAAGCAGCUGUGACGCUUCCGCUCCGACUUGUGGGUGGUGGAUCGGAGUCAGAGGGCACAGUCGAGGUCUUCCACGCAGGGCAGUGGGGUUCCAUAUGUGACGACCAGUGGGAUGAUAACGAUGCAGAGGUGGUGUGCCGACAGCUGGGGCUAAGCGGUGUUGCAAGGGCAUGGGGCCAAGCACACUUUGGCAAGAGUUCAGGCCGUGUGUGGCUGGAUGAGGUGCGCUGCACAGGCAAUGAGCUUACUCUGGAGCAGUGUCCAAAAAGUGCAUGGGGAGAACACAACUGUCUGCACUCUGAGGAUGCAGGAGUGUCCUGCCACCCUCUCACAGACGGUGCGAUCAGGUUGGUUGGGGGAUCAGGAAGCCACGAGGGACGUUUGGAAAUCUUCUACCGUGGUCAGUGGGGGACGGUGUGUGAUGACGGCUGGACAAACACCAACACUCUCGUGGUGUGUCGACAGCUCGGUUACAGGGUGGGCGAGACUCUCCUCUCCGAAGGUCCUCUCUUUCCAGUCCCCUUCGGGUCGGGGUCACGUCCUAUUCUUCUAGAUGAUGUGAGCUGCACCGGGAAAGAACCCAGCCUCAUGUUGUGCAAUAAGAGGGAGUGGCUUCGCCAUGACUGCACGCACCGUGAAGAUGUGAACAUCGCAUGCAGCCCCGAGCACAAUGGAGAGAGUCUUCCCACCAGUGUGCCAGUCAGGCUUGUGGGAGGAGAGAGCUCCAGGGAAGGACGCGUCGAGCUCUUCCUGUCGGGCCAGUGGGGAACCGUGUGUGACGACGGCUGGACGGAUCACGAUGCAGAGGUGGUGUGCCGCCAGCUGGGCCACAGCAGCGGCACUGCCAAAGCCCGCGUGAUGGCGUACUUCGGGGAGGGGACGGGCCCCAUCCACGUGGACAACGUCAAGUGCAACGGAGACGAGCGUUCGUUGGCAGACUGCAUCAAGCAAAGGCCCGGCACGCACAACUGCCGCCACAGCGAGGACGCCGGCGUCAUCUGUGACUACGGUGAACCGCAGCAGCGCAACAGAGAGGUCAAAGAUCCCGUCAGCUCCAUCUGCGGUCUUCGGCUCGUGCACACUCGUCAGCGGCGAAUCAUAGGAGGCGAAAACUCUCUGAGGGGCGGCUGGCCGUGGCAGGCCGCCAUUCGUUUGCGAGGAUCGAGAGGGGACGGGAGGUUGGUGUGCGGAGCAACUCUCAUCGACACGUGCUGGGUCCUCACUUCAGCACACUGCUUCAAAAGGUAUGGAAACAGCACCAAGCAGUACAAAGUAAGAGUGGGCGACUACCACUCCCUCGUUCCAGAGGAGUACGAAGAGGAGUACGGAGUUGAUGAAAUCAUCCUCCAUGCGAGCUACCGCGCCGAUAGCAACGACUACGACCUGGCCUUGGUGCGCCUGUCGCCGGGGGCGACGGGCCAGAUGCCGACAGAGUGUGUGUCAUUCAGCCGCCACGUCCUUCCCGCCUGUCUGCCCACGAGGAAAGAGAGAGUGCUCAAACAGGCCAGCAACUGUCACAUUACCGGCUGGGGGGACACAGGGCGCUCAUAUUCGAAGACCCUGCAGCAAGCCCCCCUGUCCCUUCUUCCCCGACGCCACUGCCAGCAGUUUUUCCACAGUGCCUUCACCAGCCGGAUGCUCUGCGCCGGCAGCAUCCAGCCAGAGACGCGUGUGGAUAGUUGCCGUGGUGACAGCGGAGGUCCACUGGUGUGUGAGCGUCCAGGAGGGGGUUGGGUGGUUUAUGGGGUCACGUCCUGGGGUCACGCCUGCAGGACACAACAGUCUCCAGGCGUCUACACAAAAGUCUCCGCUUUCAGCUCCUGGAUACGCAAAAUAAUCGGACGUGACGAGAGGAAUCAGUGAUGGACGAAGUGGAACAACUGACCUCUUAAUCAAAGCAAAGGUCUCUCAGGACUUGAUCAAUCAAAGAAAAAUCAAUACAGGAAUCUUUUUUAAGUUAUAAAUAUCUAAAGGUGUGGCGCGAGUGAUAUGACUUUGAGACGGAGGGUGAUUAUUAUUAUUUUUAUGGAGGCGUUUUGUCUUUUUUUGGGGGGAAAAAAUAAGUCUGUUUUCUUCUAAAUCAUUAGCACUUUUUAAUGGGUCUUAGAAGCCACAAGAUUUAAAGUAUUAAAUCAAUAAUACUCCAAAAUGUACAUUAAACACCUCUCUGUGUGGCAUACGACACAAUUUUUAAAUGUUUUGUGCUUUUGAUUUUGCUAUGAUUUACAUUUGUAAUUUAUGAUAUGAAAUAUAUGUUAAAAAAGGGACCAAAAAUACCGUAGACUGUCUCUGCAUGCCCUCAUGCACUCAUGCAUACAGAGUUAGUAACAGCACGACGUGAAUUUACGUACUUGCACUAAAAGUCCCUCUUCGGUACUUUUGCUGGCUUACAUUCGGUGCUUCAGUGUUAAGCAUUGUAGCCAUAUUGAUGCUUGCUGAAGUGAAUUAAGUCUCUAAACCUCAGUUCGCUCUUAUGCAUUAUGUCUUUCAUUUCAUUUCACUUCGUCUCACAUGUUUUCUCAGGCUUUUAUACUUAAUGACAACUAAGUGUUAGACCGUGACUGUGUUGAUUGUUGGCAAAGGAUGGAGCGUGUUUUUGAAUCCAAGCACAAAGCAGUGUUAUGUUAUGAAGUGUCGCGUCACUUUAGUGGCACUUUGUUCUCACUGGUAAUUCAAUGUUUUCAUGUUCCUGACACAACACAUCUUUCCAGUUUGUUGUUUACAUUGUGUAAUGUGAUGUAAUGUAAAGGUUCCCCAUAAAAUAACAUUUUAUAAGAA